AGCCCCAGUGAAGGAGCCGUCCACAGCAUCUCCACACACUAAAGCAACAUGGACCUCAGAGCCUCCAUCUCCCUUCUUGUGCUGCUGCUUGGCCUGUCCAAGGCUCUGCCUGUCAUGGAGGACAGUGAUGAAAAUGAAAUUUUUCUAGAGGAGUCUGACAGUGUGGACUUAACUACACAGAUUCUGUCAACCAAUAAUGCCUCCAGUGAGCUUCUAGUGGAAGGAGAUCUUGUUGUGCCAAGAACCAGGAAUGCUAUGGCUUGCUGGAACAACCAAUGCUUAUGGAAGAAGUCUUCUAAUGGAAAAGUUGAGGUCCCCUACACAGUCAACUCUCAGUUUUCAUCCUCUGAUAAGAGUAAAAUUCAAAAUGCCAUGGCAACCUUCAACAGAAAAACCUGUGUUCAGUUUGUUGCUCGCUCAACUCAGAGGGACUACAUCAGCAUUGAGAACAGAGAUGGGUGCUUCUCCAGCCUUGGGAGGACAGGAGGCAAACAGGUGGUCUCCCUCCAAAAGAGAGGUUGUGUUUACCACGGCAUCAUCCAGCAUGAACUCAACCAUGCUCUGGGCUUCUACCAUGAGCAAACCAGGAGUGACAGAGACCAGUAUGUGAAAAUCAACUGGAAUUACAUCAACUCACGAAUGACUUACAACUUCAAGAAACAACGCACCAACAACCUGAACACUCCAUAUGACUACUCUUCUGUGAUGCAUUAUGGGAGAACUGCUUUCACAGUCCAGAAUGGAAAGGAGACAAUCACUCCAAUUCCAAACCCAAAUGUGCGAAUUGGACAGAGACAGGGAAUGUCCACCACUGACAUCCUGAGGGUCAACAAACUCUAUGGAUGCUAACCAAACCCAAACUGAUGCUGUCCCAGUCUGGUACCACCACAUGACGUCUUGAUCACAGAACACAAUGUGACAGAUGAAUAUGUAUAUGUCUUGUGAGCAUCACUACUGUCAUAUUGAUAUUACUGGAAAAUAAAAUGACUGAAAAUAACUCAUUGUCUUGUUGUUGCUCUACUAUUUUCAUGCAAUAUGGCAAAAUAAUCUAUUUCCAGAAUCAGAAACAUAUCCUCUCAGUAUCCUUCUUUAAAAGAACAGCCGCACAACAGUUCACAUUAACAAAUAUGAGCCAAAAUGUCAACAAGUUAUGGAACUAAGAGAGCACGCAUGUAUAUGUGGGCCCAGUUCAGAUUUUCUGUGGGCAGAGUCAUACAAAAUCUAAACGGAGCCCCAGUGGGUUCUCUGUGGAAUCGUCCACAAGGGCUUAUCCAUGGAAAUCCCACACAGGUCCAUUGUGGGUUGGGCCAUGAUGGGCCCUCAGGAUCAUUAGUCAAUGUGCCCCCAGUAUAGGUUGACUAUUAGCAUGUCUGUGCUGUGGGUUUGCCCAUGUUCGCUUCUGUGGGUCGACUAUAGGACAUGGGACCCUCAUGAGAGCUAACUUACGGAGCUUCCAUAUGGGUUCAGUGGGGGUUUGCCCAUGAUGGGCUCUCCGUAGCAUCUUUAACAUGGGAACAGGAAUAGGCGCAGAGUGUGGGCACAAUAUGGGAAGCGUCCAGUAGACUAUGCCCUUACGAGACAGGGCAGUUUUUUUUCUAAAACUAGCAUGCUAACUGGCUAACAGCCAACAGACUUGCCUUGCAAACACCAUCAGGAGUGCUGAAACUAAUCAAAGUUAUCUAACGCCUUUAACUGAUGCAUUUUGGCAAUAUAUUUAAAUAUACCUAAAAAAAACCUGGAAAAACCCUACACUAUCACUAUAAAUUGGCAUUAAACUGACAAUAUGAAAUACCGUGCAAAUGUUUGCCUGAAGCCAACAUCAUGAUAGUGUUUAUGUUUCUACUCUAAAUAAUAAAAAUAAUAAAAAACUCUUCCUUCAUGUGAUCUAGAUGGAGAGGAAGUAUCGUUCUAUGGUGGUGCAAGGGGUAAAACACAAUAGUGCUCCACAAAACACAGGAUUUGAUCAGAACUACAGAAAUCAGAGUACACAAUAUUCACUGUCUAGCUCACAUAAGACAAUUAAUUCAUCAUGUCUUCCACUUUCACAAUAAUAAUAUGUAUCAUUGACUUUUUCUCAUUGGUACUUAAAAAACAUUACACAUAAAAGAUGAUAUACGAAUAUGAAUAUAAUAUGUAAAAUCAAAUAUUUUUUAAAGGCUUUUUCACAUACUGUAACACAUUUGUGUGAUAUGAAUUUAGUUAACAAUGACAUUGAAUAGGUUAGAAGACCUACAG